CAUGAACAUGAGCAAGAAGAUGAAGUUUAACUACAACAACCAGCAGCAUCUCGACGCGUUCAACGUCUUCUCCUUGUUGCGUCUUUGGUGACCACAUGCUUCACCGAUGCUAUCGAAAUCGAUAUAGAAGUUUAAACAAAGUAGAAGUUGUCGUCUUCAGGAAAAUUAUCUACUUAGGCAGAUUGCCACACGGAUUCACAUCGUCAUCGCCAGAACUUCCGAAGACUCGCGAAAUCGUGGGAAAAUGUUGUUAAAAAACACGACAAACCCGGAACUAAGCGACGAUAACUGGCAUCUCAUAUUCCAAUUUUUGUUAUGGAAAUAAUGGUAAUGAAUGACGUGGUACCUGUAGAAGUAUUUUCCUCGAGGAUAAGGAUCAUUCGCACUAUUUUCCUCCAUGAAUUAAGGCUCAGCUUUCAAUGGUCACCAUUGAGAUUGGGGUCACUGAGAUCCCUCUUGAGGAAAGAUGGGGGAAAAAUGAAGGAAAAGCAAAGGGAGAGGCAUGGGGCCCAUUUCUUUCAGAGUCAGUGACCAUUGAAUGCUGAGCACUACACAUAGAUACCGCGAAUGAGGAAAAUAGUGCGAAUGAUCCGUAUCCUCGAUGAACUAUUUUCCUCCAUGAUACUUAAUAUCUUUCAUCCUCGUCCUCGUUUUUAUCUGGUUCAUUGUAAUAAACGUGGCUAGUUUACGUCAAUUUAACUAAUGGUUGUUCCCCCCUUUGAAUAAGUAGCCUUUUUUUACUAGCCGUUACCCUACCGAAGCCUAGCUCGUCAUCGUUUCCUUUUUUCAUACUCCCGCGCAGACGAGUUAGCGGGUGUCGCGCCAGUAUGCCGCCGCUUCCAGGAGAUCGCUUAUCACAAGAACUUGUGGGAACACCACCUGCGGGUUUUAUUCGGAAAGACUACAAUCUCUGCGAAGCAAAAACCAUCUUAUUUUAUGACGUUCUUGAUCUUGAACUUGAAAAGAUAAUGAAGUGUACUCAUUAUAGUCAACAUACAACUUUUUAGUCAUAAUUGUACUGAAAAAAUUGUCUUAGGGGGAAGCUAGCAAUUGGCUAGUGAGUACACUUUGUCCUGUCAUAACAUCACAUCAAGCACAUCAGCAGCAUCUUCCAGGAGGCCCACAGCCACAACAGCCUAGAACAACUACUACCACAACUGCGCCUUUUCAUCAAUCUUCGCAAAAAUCUUCUAGUACUCUAGCAGCUAGUAGUGCUGCAGUAGACAUAGAUGUCGAACAAUUGCCUCCUGCUUCUGCAUAUCAACAAAACGGAAGUGAUGCAGGUGGUCAAAGGAUUGCUAGUGCUGGACCAGGAGUUGAUCAAAGUGCAAGUGCUGGCACGACGAACCCUUCAACAGGAUCUGUUGUACCAGAUCAAGAACAACGGGAAGCUACAGGAGGAGCCGUAUUAAACUCAGGAACAGCUAGUACUUUUACUUCUGAACAACCCCAUCAAGAAGGACAGCAGCUGUCGGCAAGAGAACAGAUCGCUUCCAUCAUCGCGUCUGACUUUUUUCUCGCUUGGAAGCAAGGACACACAGAACACCUGCCGAAGACCGCUCCUUGCGUUUUUUCACAUAUUGUCAAAAUUAUGCUUCAAUGAAUCAUCCUUAUCCUAAAGAACUUAUACAUAGAUACUUAAGGCUGAUACUACUACUUACGACUACUCGUCACAAAAUUACUAAUUAAUAAUUCUGGCUUAUAGAUACUUAAGUCCUCUGGCUCUGUCAGUUGCUUGUUUCUGUUUAUGUUGUACCAGUACCGGGUAAUUCGACAACAACAGCAAACCGCACAACCAGGACAUCUUUAUAUAUUACCUCAUUAUACACAACUAACAAACCUAACAAAUCAACUAACAUAACAAUGAAUGGUUCUCGUAUUUGGUAACCUGAAUUUGAUCACAAGGAUUCUCUUCUUGUUUUCCUUAUGAUCAAAAUCAGGCUACCAAAUACCAGAGCCAUUCAAACAAGCAUAGCCUAAGAAGGUAAGUAGCAAACCUGGCAUUAUAUUAUCGGUAUAAUGCUUGCUGCCGCCCCUGUCCACGACACAUCUUUGACUAAUAUAUCCUCAUGCUGUAGUACCUCUUCCUACAUCUUUCAUGAGCUACAACUAGGCGCGGCCCUCUACCCCUCGAGUAACACCUAGGCUCGCCUCCUUCUUCUAGAAGUACCUCCUUAAUAUUUUUGUUCAAGCAUGCAUCGACUGAAGAUCAAGAUGAAGAUUCAUUAUGAUCUUUAAGUAUACUUGUAGUUGCUCCUACUUAGAUGAAGAUGUUAUUUUAACUAGAAGGUCUUCUCCUAGAACUAGAUGAACUAGUAGUACGUCUGGUGCUCUAAGAAAAGUUGGUAUUUCUUCUCCAGGUGCACUGGACGAUGCACGCUUGUGGUCGAAGCCCCCCAGCCGGACAGCGACGGGCUUGCUCAUGCUGCGGUACAAGAUGUUAAACUCCAUUGCCGUUCCCGUUCAUGAUUACGUUAUCACCAGUAUGAUCUUUGUAGCCACACGACCCACGACCCACGACACGUUUCUUCAAUCUCCUCAGGUGCGCUACCUUUGCCAUCCGUUUUUGCAAGAAAACCGGUUAAUGCGAGUGGUCUUGGACGAAAAUCGAAGGAAUGCGUUAUUUGUCUUUCGGGAGGUUCCUUUUCUUCUGUCCCAUUUUCUGAAGGGGGCAUCACCCCCGGCCGCAGCAGGGGCAGGCUCCUUUAUGAAUACUUCUGAGGCUUGUUCAGUAGAUUCUUGAAGUGGAGCUGGAGAGCGAGAGAGGAGAAGAUGGAAGAUGUUGGAUCCAUUUUGUCUUUCCAUGUCGCUUUUCUGAGUUUGUUAAAUCUCGUGUGUGGUUUAAGCCUACAAGUUCUAAGAGUACUGCCACUUCUUCUGGUGUCAGAUGUGAAGGGGAGAUACCGUGGUUUGCGACAUUGCUGUGGUAUGCGAGAAUAAACAGAAACAUGGGGCAGCUGAACAGGAGGGACCAUGUCGAUCACAAAAAUGCGCUCUUGGAAAGACAAAAUGUUAAGGCAAGAGACUAUAUUAUUAUUACACCUCAAAUGCAUUAAAAAUAAUAAUAUUUCAGCACCAUCCAAAAAUUUGGGUGACCUCCUCAGCAAGAUAUUGAGAUUCCUUCAACUACCUUGCCAUUCCAGCAUCAUCCUUGGCUAACUCUCUCUCCUUCGAUAUGGCUUACGGAAGUAUGCAAGAGGAGUCGCAGGAGCAGUCGGAGAGUGCCUUAGAGCCCCUUCCAGAUACUGGCACCUUACCAAGAGGUGACAUGUUAUGGCCGCUUGAUACUACAUUGAGCCCUUAAGGCAGUCUGCACUGUACUUUGUGCGAGAGUAAUUGUAAUUGUAAUGGGUUCCUGGGUUGAUGUGGCCCCAUGAUGAACGUGCCGAUGUUAGUUCAGAAGUUUCUUAUCGAAUUUUGCGUGCGAAGUUUCAGUCUAUUAAUACUGAAUUAUACUUGGUUGGUGCAACAACUAUUUACAGUUACUGAUCACUUAAACUAUUGUUAUUAUAGACGCCAAUCUAUUCACUUAUCGACAUAUUUUUUACAGUUACUGAUACUUACAACUCUCAAUUUAUUAACUACGGUAAUUAGUAUGUUGUAACGGGGGGCAUCUUCUUAGUUACUUACUGUUACUCUCCAACGGUCUAACGGACCAUCUCUAAAGACGAUCCGCGCUGAGACUCACCUAGUUUUCGAAGAGAGGGAUCCGUUGCCUCUCGAUCCCCAACAAGCUGUACUAGAGCAUGAUGUGGAACUCCUAGUGCCUGCACGAUUUGACCUUCCGACAGGUGACCACUCGUGUGAUGACGGAGGAGGAGCGCAACUAGAACAAGGACAAGAGCCAGCAUUUGGAAAUUCUAGUUCAAAAACGACGACAAGAACAUGCUUUUCUUCGGCAUCCGGUAGCAGCUCUUCAAGUUCAGCAUCUUGUAAUACCAGUAAGAGUAGUACCCUAUCAACAGCUUCAGCAGGAGCGGCCGCGUUGGAACAGCCGGCAAGAACAGUAAUAAAUCAUCAAGAAAAUGAUAAUCAUCAUCGAGUUGGAGGAGGCGAAGUAGAAGAUUUGUUACCCUUAUUUCCUGUGAUUAAGAGACUUGGCAGCGAGCGCGGUUCGCAUGGAAGUGGUGACACACCAGCCGCGUGGCGUAGUCCACACGAUCACCACCCUAGCAUAGUCCCCGACGACCGUAUUCAACUUCCUGGCACCUCGAACUGGUGUAGUUCCAACCCGAGUUCUAGUAGUGCUAGUGCUUCCACCUCCACCAUUAGUUGUUCUAGUAGUACAGCAAACUCAAAAACUGCGAAUGUCAUCUCGAGCUCGACGACGUCAAAAAAUCCAUUGUUGAAAAAUUCUACUUUCUCUAGUAGUAGUGGUAUAACAAGUGGACAACAUCAGUUUGGAUCUACGGCCGCAACAUCUCGUAGCACUUCUUCAGCCUCUACUUCUUCUACCUCCACUUCGAGAGGUCGACCUACUUCACAGGAGCGAGCAGAUGAACGGGUGCUGGAAGAGGGGGUCGUGACUGGCUAUUUUUUUGAGGAGGAACAUGAUCCAAGAAUUACAACUUCUGCACCUCAUGAUCAUGUUACAGUUAUGGCGGUUAAAAUAUAUGAUCAUUCCAGAUGAAGUGAAGAGUAAUGUGAAGAUUACUACUUAGAUUUGAUUGCGAAGAGCAAGAUGCUGAUGUUGUAAUAAAUCCAAUUUUUUUUUUAUAUAGAAACUGUGCUAAGAUGGCAGUUGAAAUAAGUGCUGCAAAUCUUGAUUGGCUUUUGAUGCGCGUAAAACGGCGAAGCGAUGCUCAAAGCACUUAAAUAAACAGCCGGCUUGUUUUCCUCUUUCUACUUUUAGGCUAUCCCUUCUUGUUGCAACCAAUAUAUAGAAACUGCGCAAAGGAUAACUACGGAUAAUUACGCACCAAUACGAGGAGUUUCCGCGACUGGUUCUACUUGAGAAACGUACUGCUUAUAAUUAGUUUCAAUAUUCCUCCAGCACCAGCUCCUUUCAUAAUUUCUUCCCAAGUCGGCGUUGCAAAGGGAAGCAAUGACUCCGCUUUGGCGAUCAAGCGAAUCAUGAGGGAUAUCCUUUUGCUUCUGAGGAGGCUGCAUGCUACGGGUAAUGGGCACGGCAACUUGGAUGCUAGUAAAGUCGUGCUCGAUUUAUGGAGAAGGACGAAAAAAGACAAAGAGGUUUGUAGGCGAUCAAUCUAAUAAGCCAGUCCCUGAGUAUGAUGGUGAUGAUGAGCACCAAGAUCCUGACGAUCUUCCUGCUCAGAGGUUAAGGCUUCAGGAUCUUGGUGCUCAUCAUCGCCAUCAUAUCCAGGGACCACUGGCUUAGUAGAUUGAUCGCUUACGGGGUUCUUGUUGCACUUGAACUUGUAGAUGAAGACAUGGCAUUUUUUGAAGCUCUUGUUCACACAACUUUUCACAGUCGUGGAGGUGGAGGUUCUAAGGAACUUGAAGUAGAGUAUGAGUGACUGCAUUCUCUGUUUACACCUCAAAUUUGAAGGGUUCUCCUAGUUACAAAAAUCCCAUUCCCGCAGAAAAAUAAAAUGGGUUCAUCUAAUUCCCUCAGAAUCUGGUAGGCCCAUUGAGUUGUUGGACUUUUUCUUCGGUUCCGGGAUAAAUCCGAAGUCGACUGCACGUUUAGCGCAUGACCGGGAAUCUCUGGGCAUAAGCUACGUGAAGAAACCACCAGAAGCGCUACUAGCACAGCUGCAACCACCUGGAGGACUACCACUACAAACGAGGCUUUUAUGGCGAGGAAGAUGACAAGAAAGAUUCUUUUGUGAGUACGAAUAUGCUGCGCAUACAAAAGAUCAUGUUGAAGUUAGUCUUAGUACAGGUUCUUGUACAGUAGAGCAUCAAUUAUAAUUGUUAUAUCGCGGACAGGUUGCUGAAUAGAAGAUCCACACCACUACAUCAUAAUGAAUUAGUACGACCUCCAGUAGUAACCGCUAAUACUCUUCUACCAAGUAGAAGACCCCACGGGCAGUGGCACCACGACGACUAGCGCGAUCCCUCCUCCCAGUAACGUGGUCCCCGUACACCCGGGACCAGGGAAAAACCCCGUUUUCGACAGUGACUUGUGGCAACUGGGCUUGCUCUUAGGCACACUGUGCGCUAGGAAGAUCGGCUGUAGCUGGGUUACGCAAUGGCUGCCGCCGAAUGUACUUGAUCUUGACACACGAAGGCUAAUAAGACCUCUUUACUACUAGCAAAAAGUAGAGCACAGAGCUACCAUCACUGAGUCCACUAGAGGCUACCAGCACAGAAGCUCCAAUGAUCCCGUCACUGAGUCCACUACAACUUGUGAUUUAGCUAGUUACUUGAACAAUCAUAACGUGAUUUUUUGACUUCUAUGAGUGAACAAGAUUUAUCGAGCCUUGUUCUUUUUCAAUUCGUCCUUCAGUUGGCGUCUCUGGUACUUGAUAGCGAGUUAAGUUGGAUCUACCAGCUUUUUGGGCUGUUAGGGACACCAACGGAUUGGGUUGCUCUCGCUGGUCGCGAUUUCCCGAAGUGGAGACCCUGUGGACUUUUUACAGGAAGGUACUGUAGCUGUACUGUAACUGUUGUAUGUUCUCUUCCUAAUAAGCUGUAACUGUAACUGUAGCUGUAACUGUAGCUGUAACUGUAGCUGUAACUGUAGCUGUAGCUGUAACUGUAGCUGUAGCUGUACUGGAGCUGUACUGUAGCUGUAACGGUAACUGUAACUGUAUUUCUUCCUGAUCAUAGGUGUUGUGGUCCACAUGAUCAUGAAGAUGGAGAUGAAGUUGUAGCCCAUUGUAUCGAUGGUGCAGCCACGAAUACUUCGAAAAAAAGAAAAUUCAUCUUUUCAGCCAUUCGACAACUAUGUCUUCGUCUUCAAGUGUAACAUCUCUAGCGCUACGGCUACUUCAUUUUCACGCGGAGCGUCCGCCCACCUCCCGCAUCACAAGAACAUCAACAUCAAUAAAUCGAUUCUCCACAACGACUUCGUUCGAACAAAGGCUACUUGUCGAAAUUCUUUCUGUUUCUCCACCAAACAACAAGGUAUACGACAUCAGAGCAGCGUUCUUUUGUCAAAAAUCUUGGUGGCCAACUUGGAGUCUCUUUUUUGCGUGGCUUACUGAGGAUGGACCCAGAUCGUCGUUUCACGAUCGCAGAAGCACUUGCACAUCCCUAUUUUGAUGAAAUUCGGGUGCCGGUACAAGUGCCACGGGGGGUGGAACAAGGGCCGGAUCAAGGAGUACUAGAACAACAGGAGAUGGAACAAGUCGUGUCUAGUAUUUUUAGCGACAACAGGCACGUCGUGUCUAGUGCUCCCACCACUGCAACUACGAUUACUGCUUCUCCGGUAUCUUUCGGAGCAGGUCCUUCGGUUUCGUCAGCAUCAACCUCAGCCGCUGGUGCAUCUUCAACUUUAAACAGACAAGAGAAGCGCUCUCCUGCAGCUCUGCGUCCCUGGAAUGCGGACUAUUUUCUCAGAAAGUUAAGAGCACUACUAGAUGAAGAAGAUGUAGCAGCUAAAAAGGCGUGGAUAAUUUGUACUCUGUACUACACCCUCCGAUGUACUGUCUUUCAUCUUGGUAAUAUCUAAUAUAGUUUCUAUCUGCUAUGAUUAUUCGUUCUGUGUUUUCUGCAAGCCCUGCGAUAAAGCUUGAUCUUCUAAGAACAAAAGCCGGGGGUAGUUCUACCGCCGGAGGACAACGACUACUACAGCAGCAGUCCUCUCAAAGAGGAAAAGCUUCUUCAAGACAUCAACGGUUCCUUGAUUCAGUGAAUACGCAAAGUUUUUGGGCACCACAUCCAAGAUUACGACGGUUCCCUGGAUUUUUUCAGUCCUCUUCACCUGACGAUGUUGGUCAAUUGGUCAACAACAGUUGUGACGAUGAAUAUGCGUAUCUGCGAACGUUGGAGGAAUAUUGUACAACUUCAUCAACUACAACUUGAUCUUUCUGUUCUGUCUGCCACCUUUUGUAAUGUUCACUUUAUUACGUAAUAUUAACAAGAACUUGAGGUUUCCGAAACAUCAAGUAAAAUUCAAGAUCAUGCUAGCCGAUUUAUAUGAUGUAGCCUACAGUAAUUCAAUCAAUUUAUCAUCACGUUCACGACCGUAAAAAUAUCCUCAACCAACGAACUCAUGAUAAACCCCCCUGCUCAGGUCAGGACGUAGCCCCUAUAGCCGAAGCAUGUCACAAAGAUGACGAGAUGAAAGUAGUGGCAUCGCCCGAUACAAUAUCAGCUCCUGCGACAUCUUCAACAUCUUCAGCAGCCGCUUCAUCAUCCUCGACUACAUCAUCUUCGUCAGCAUCUUCUUCAUUUGUUCUUCCUCCUACAACACCAAACAAAAUCCCGAGGCUCCCUGCUCCAGUGAUCUGCGGCAAUCAACUUGACAUAACAGUCGAGAUGCGAUCUGUUCUGGUUGAUUGGCUCGUCGAGGUCCAUCACAAGUUUCGGUUUGACUUCCCGUCGACGCUUUUCCUAACCAUAAACAUCUUGGACCGGUUUUUGUUAAGGCUAUCCUCAGCAUCGUCCUCAGCAUCAUCUCAAGGAAGCCCCACCUUCCAAGGAUACUAUUAAUUGCGAAGCGAGUAUCAGUUUUCCUUUUUCUUCUUCAUCUUUUCUCCUCUCUUUCUCUCUGGAAACCGUACAAAGCCACACUAUUCGGCGAUCAUCGUCAUCAUGUUGAACAAGGUCCACCCUCUGCUUCCACCAUCACCCUGCUAGGGCUACCAGCAUGGUGGAUUUUUGUUCUGUUUUUAGCAGCGACGAGAGCAUUGCAAACCGGUUCGUCUCCUUGAGUCCUCAGUUACUUACUCUCAAGGAAGAAGGUGCGAACGCGGUAGAAGCUCUAAUUUUGCAGUUCCAUGUGCUGAAUAGCCGAAAACGGUUUCAACUAGUCGGAUUAGCGUGUCUUUUGCUCAGCAGCAAAGUCGAGGAAACCAGACCGGCGAUUGUGGAGGAAUUGAGUACAACUUACACUUACUUUUGCUGUAAACCAGACCUGCGAUUGUGGAGGAAUUGCUUACAACAUAGUUUUGCUGAGUACAACUUACUUGUUUGUUUGUUUUGAUGCGCUCCGGGCGACGCGUACGAUCCCGCCGGAUUUCUUUGUGCUCUGUGUGUGUAGUGCUAUGGUCGUCAUACAACUUACUUAUUUUGCUAUCAGGUUCAUGUUGAUCUGGAUGAUGUACAUGUACUUACACUUCGUACUAACUUUUGCUAACAUAAUGUAAAGCAGCCGCUUAGCUUUCCCUCUAUUCUUAGGUAUAUCCCACCACGCCAUGCUAUCACGUUGAUAGUGUUGAUAGGUGCUGUCGGUUUGCUACUUGAUGUGUUGACACCUGUUGAAAGCCGAAUGGCAUUUUCGGGAGUAUUUUCGGGAUCCUCAAUCUGAGUUUUCACGACUACUAGUUGAAAGAACCUAUGUAUUUAUGAUAACUUACACAACCGACCCAGGCUUCAUCUGCGAGCACACUUACACCGAAGAGGAGAUCCGUGGGAUGGAGUUUUGCGUAGUGAAAACCCUGCUCGACAACGGUCACGUGUUGAGGGUGCCAACAGCAUACACGUUUUUAGUUAAGAGAAGCAACGAAAAUUAUAGAGAGCUUUCUACUCCAUAAAAUUUCCAUCCUCGUCAAGCCUUCUUGGGUUUUAUUUUUCUGAUACAUAGGAUUAGGAAGAUGGUAAUGGCCAGGUGUUAAAAGAUAAGUGAUCAACAUUAUUCCACAGGAGAGAAGAUGCUAAUCAGCAAUCGGUUAGUUUUCCCUCUAAUCGUAGGCUUAUCCCUACUUCAAACAAGCUAAUUACAUAGAACUACGUGGUCUCUUUUUGUUCUUCUAACGUCACACGUGAUCCGAGAUAUUAUGUUUGCCGCUUUGUUCCGCAAUUGGUGCCGGUAUGGCGUGGCAGCAUGUGUCUAGAUCCAGUCGUUAGCAUGGACAGCUUGGGAAUGAGGAAUGUUAAGGCUUCCGCGAAUCUCCCAUGUUGUUUGAAAAGCAUCUUUCGUGGGCUUCCGUGUAACUAAGAGGGUAAGGGAGAUGAAACGGGCCGCCCAAGAUCAAGGAGAUGCUUUUCUUCAAGAAUCUUCUGGGAGAAGAUCCCCGGAAGAGGUCUAAGAAUGCCUGCGUUCCUUGCGCCGCUCCAGUUCCUCCUAGAGGACCAGAUACAUCUCAAAAAAUGUCUGAAGAUGUAGAAGAUGAUGAAGGAGCUGCUGCAGCCGCGGGCGGGCGUGGAGCAGAUGUUGAAUCUAGUAGUUGUUUUGGAUUCGGUACUUUCGGUUCUUUGUCAAUGGGAGCAGGACGAGAACAAAGGGAUGAAAGUGGUGAAGGAGGAGGUUCUGGAGGUGGAGGAUUUGUUCCCUCUGCUCGUCCUUCUGGUUCAGCUGGUGGAGACCCAACGAGUACAACGAGAACGACUGACGUAAAGUCUAGUACAAGAACGACUGACGUAAAGUCGUCUCCUGUGUUUAUCCGUUCUCUUACCAAUGCCUAUGCUUCAGAGCUACUGGCUAUAAAUCGGGGACGAAAUAAUAAUACGACCUAUAAUGUUGAUGUUGGUAUUAACAUUAAGGACGCGGAGCGUUAUAAUGUUGGUAAGGACGCUCCACCGCAUGGGUAUCAGGCUUUCCUAUUCGAAUUGGACCGGUCCUAUGUGGCAGACUUCAUACUCGAACUGUCACUUCUGGACGCGAGUUUGUCUGGUCUCUUUAUGGGUCUACCGUCAAUCCAUCUUUAAUCUUUUGGCCAACUGAAGAAGCUAAAAGGUGUUCCAAAGGAUGGGCUGUUAGUGCCUCUAAUCUCUUCCCGAGUAGUCUCGCAGAAGCAGCCAUGGAUUGCGCUGAGAUCAUCUUGGUUCAGUGGGUUCUCUGUUUCGCUGUGAACGAGUCGCCUGAAGAAAUACAGCACUACAGUGAUGCGAACACGAUUCUUCGUCAAAAAUUUACCUGCCCUUCUUCGACUUCUGGAAAAGGAAGUCGAGUAGAUCUAGAUGAUACCAACAACAUGAAGAUGAACAACAACACGAGGGCCACUUCUAGUUCUAGCACUACAACUUCUAGUACAAGAAGUGGAAACGAUAGUACAGCAACAUCCUCUAGUACCUCAGCCAGCAUGAUGAACAAUAACACGGCUCAACAACUAAAAGCAAAGAGAGACCUCGUAAAGCAGCUUUACAGUUUAGCAUUCGAAGCACCACGUAAGUUUGUGCCGCGAAAUAGAGAAGGGCAACCAAUGCGCCAAGCAACGGAGAUGCACGCGGUGCAUAAGAAAUACGCGCAUGAGCGCUUUCAGGGAAUUUUUGCCCGUGUCUUUGCAUCGCAUCACUACGUCGUAGGAGCAGGAGAAACUGCUGUAGCUGCUAAGGCUUACUUGUUCCGGUGAUCCAUCUUUAGAAGCAUCUUGGGGCGCAUCUUGUUCCUUUCUAAGGGAAAAACAAAGCCAAGAUGACUCUCGGGAUGGAUUCCGGGAAGAUCUAAUGUACGUCCAGCACAUCAGCAACAGCCGACAAGAACUGGCGAUCCUAGAACAACUAGUACAGAAGUAGAUCAACAACAACAUAGACCUCCUCAGAUUGGGAAUACUUUCGGCCCACCUAAUUAUAUGCAGCAUGUUGGUGUUGCUGUUGCAGACAGUGUUGACGGGCAAGGGGAAGAGGAAGACCUAGAGGACGAAUUUUUCAGAGACAGAGAGGCACUUCAACACAGAGGAGGUCAAGCAGUUGGAGGAGGUCAAGGAGUUGUAGUUGAUCAACGUGUACUAGGAGGUGAUGUAGAGGAAGGUGGAGGUGCAGAAUUGCAUAUUACCGAAGUAGGAGGAAGAGGACAUGGUGGACCACUCCAUGGUCAAGGCCAUGUACAUGUACCACUACCUACUACUGGCCGUGGUGGUAUGGUACUAGGAUCACAACAAGAUCAAGAAAUACAAGAAGAUCCUAGUUUUCCUACGCCUACGCCAGAUCAUGGGGAAGAUGGGGCCCAUUCCCACGAUGACCAAGAACAUCUUCAAGGUGAAACGUCAUCUUUGCCGUCAGUCGCUGUUGUAGCACCUCUUGAUGUUAAGACACGACGACUGUGGGUGUUGUGCACUUCUUCUAGUCUCGUCGCGUCAUUAUCUUCAUCUUGUGAUUUAGAAGACUUCGACUACAGCGAAUUCGAAGAUGUUGCAGCUACUCGACGCACAUGAUCUUUACUUAUACCUACUUCUUGAUCCUAUCCCCCACUUCUAAGAAACCCUCUUCCGCUGGUUCUGCAGGAGAAACGACAGCUGUUAGACCAGGAACGAGUGUUUCAACAGCUGCAAUCAUGGGAACAACGGGAGCUUUACCAACAGGGACGACUGGAACAACUUCUACAGUCUGCUCUGUACGAGACAUCUUCUGCUUCGACGGAUUGCGAAAUAAGGGGGAUGAUGACUCGAAGUAACAGUAAGAAGAAGCUGUUGUAAUUAAAAUUAUCUCCUGUGGAUGGUGUAGAUCAUGAAGAUGAACUCUCCUUCUUGGGGAUAGCCGCGAUAGGUAGUAUGGAUUUGUUCUCUGCAUCUUCUCGAGGACAUUUUUAGAGGCGUUUUGUUGAGUCGCUGCGGAUCGUGCAGAUAAGUACAUGGAAAUAACUCAAAAAAAAACCAUAACACUCAAAUUUCGAACUUGAAUUCACGCGUCUUUCUAUAAUCGAACAAAGUUUCUAACACCAUUCACAUAUAUCUUUCCAUACUGCUCAUGUCACAAUUUCAAUAAUUUGUUGAAGAAGUUGUUUGUACAUGAGAGGUCGACGUAGCCGACGUGUAAAUAAUAGAGUAAAUAAAAUAAUAGGUGCGGCGUGCUGCACAAGAACUACUUCUAGUUGUACAUAGGAGGUCGUAGACAGACAAUAAAAUACAUCAACCUAGAAGCAAGAUGUACCGAAUCGGUGUUUAAUAUCCUAUCAAAACAAAACAUAUCAUCUUGUUGAGUACUUGCUACUUAUUAUUAUUCCUUGAGAUUCAUCUCCGAGAUCUGAUGUCCAUGUCUUAGGUAACACAGAAAAAAAUUCAAAAACGGAUAAACUUCUAGUAGUAACUUCAUGUUCAUGUUGAUAUGAGGAUGAUGUAAAAACCUCAUUCCGUGUUGAUGAUGGAAACUGCCAUGUUAAUCCUGCGACUGUAAAUAUCAUUUUGGAUUUUUCUGUCACCGCAUAUGAUAUAAGUAGAUGAUGAAUACAUAGAAGCACUUGAAUUUCAACUUAGUUAAUUACUGGUCCUCGUGCACGACGUGCGUCCGUUUUUAGCAAAGUGGUACAAGAUCUUCGCUAGCCAUACAUCAACUACCUUUUUGUUGUCGUGCACCCACCGUUUUGCUUACUUCUUAUCCUUCGUUGAAUCUUUAGCUUGUAUUAUAAUUACUAAGAGCACUAUUAAGAUGAAGAAUAGGAGAGGUGGUGGAACAUCAUCAAGGAGCAAAUUUUGGGGAAGCACAAGAACAAGGAGAGAGAGAUGAGUAGUUACCAGUAGAAAAUUAUUAUGGAAAAAUAACUACACAGAACUAUUUGUGAGAACGAAUGGGAAUGAGUGAAUGAAUGAAUAGAAGAGUAGAAACGAGAGAAGAACUUAGAAGAGAGUGGACGUGGAGGAAAUGCCCAAAGUAGAGCAGACCGAUGAAAAAAUGCUGUGACGGAAGUCUUUGCGCAAUAGGAG